AUGAAGAAUCAUCAGAAUGGAUAUCGGAUACAUUCAGCGCUUUUCCUCGUGCUGAUCUUUGGAGGAAGCGGAUCUACUGCUGGGUUCCUAAUGACAAUAAGAGAAGAACCUCAAAGCCGCCGUCAUCAUGAUCGAGGGUCAUCAUCAGCCCGCAGUCCCAUUGCUACGCCUAUUAUACUUACUGAUCACAUUAGACAAAGAUCCCUUGUAUCUCUACAAAUGGAGAAUCCACUUGCGACGGAAGCAGCACUAUCGGAGCAAUCUAAUGCCAUGAAGAAACAACAACAAGAUUCCCCGUUCCUUGGAGUUCUUCAGCUGAUUCUCAUCUCGCUUGUUUCGGCAAUUCUACUGAUAUCCUGGGAAGAAGUGAGCAUGUACCAUCCUAUAAGAAAAUUACCUCAACAACAUAUCCAACAACAACAAGCAGUCUAUCAUUGGGGUGAUUCGACGGUGAGGGGCUUGGCCUUUGGCAAAGCACAAAGAAUACGACUCGACGACGAUGCUGAACCACAGGAUUCCCAGUAUUAUAUUCCAUCCUACAACGAAAUCAUGCUGGAACAUCGAACGGAGCGUAUUCCAUCCUGGAAUGAUGGUACCAUGACCGAAGACAAGGUGCGACAGUCGGUCGCCACCAUCCAAACAACAGUGGAGUACCUUCAAGACUGCAAACGACUGGCCAAUGAGUAUGACUGGGACGGCCUGACAUUGGCCAUCCGACAGCCCAUUCUGCAUCAGCAACUAGAGCAGGCAUGUAACAAUCUGAAACACGCAGAUGGAUUCUUGUCACCCGACGCGCGAGAUGAGAUUGGCUUUGAAUGGGCCAGCUGUGCUUGGAGGCACUGCGGAGCAUUGGCUGAUGCACAAGAGGCGAUUGACGAACUCGACCAUUUGAUUGGAAUAUUGGAACCAUUCGAAUGUUUGUUCUGUAUCGAUAUUGUGGAACGAAGUCUCUAUGACAUUCUGGCAGUGACGCAGAAAUACCAAGAUCCGUCGAUUCCCGUUCCUGAGUACCAACAACUGCAUCGAAAGAGUGACGUUGGGCCGGAAGGUGUAGAUCAAUUUGACACUGAGUAUCUUGAGGCAUUGCAAUUCCUGAAGAAGUUUGAAAAUGAAUAA